AUGGCACGACGAUUGUCCUGUACAUUACGUGUGCUGUCCAAGCAGGCUCUCGCAUUUAGCUCGCUUCCAACUGAGUCGGCACUCGACCAGUCGAACCCUGAUAGCUUGCGGUGUCGUAAAGUCGUCACCUUUGUCGUGGGUUUCGUCCGUUUCAUUCGCCGCGGUACGGACUUCUCGUGUGGAUCGUGUUUCACUGUGCUGCAUUGGACAUUGUGUUUCCAGGUGCGCUGGAUUGAGGCGCCGGUGAAGUCUGUGCAGCCGUUAUCGGCAGCUCCGAGUCAUGCACCGCUUUACGCGAUGAGACACGAUCAGGAUCUCCUUGCGCAGCCCAGCCUUCCAGCUGUCAUACCAGCUUGCAAGAUGCUGCGCCGUCACCGUGUCCACGUAUUCGAUAGCCUUAGCGCCGUCAACUUCGCAUCUUGCUGCGUUGAGUGCUCGCUCGAUGACCAGCGCGACUGUCUUCCCUGCGACCGCGCUUACCAAAACUAG